GAAGAUGAAUGAAGUCAGAGAAGUUGCCAAGAACCUGGGAAUCCCCCAUGUAGUCUUGAUGACCCAUGUGGACAGCUGUUGUCCUUUGGUGAAGGAGGACCUGGACAAAAUCUACUUCAGCAAGAAAAUUAAGAUAGCAAUGGAGAACUGUAGUGUCAAGCUUGGUGUUCCCAUGAACCAAAUCUUCCCGGUGAAGAACUACCAUGAAGAGAACCGCGUGGAUGAGAAAGUAGACUGUGUGAUCCUGGAUGCCCUGGACAACAUUGUCAACUUUGCCAAUGAUUAUGUGAUCAGACAGAUUGAAUAGAUUUAGUAGAUGGGCGAGUUAUUUCAUGCCUUCUUAUUAUUCUUGUAUCACACUCCUAUGGAAACCAAGUGUAAUUAUAAUACCAAACAUAUGCCAAGUUACCCAGGUGUAAAAUGUAAUUAGCCAAACUAAACCAUUUCCCUCAAAUGUAUUUAACAUGUUAACAAAUGUCUGAAAAUAGAUUUUAUAUCGUGUUACAGGCCAUCUGUGACCACAAAGACUGCUUCGUAAACAUCUGCCUUGCUCUGUCAAUGCUGUUCAGGUCCCCAGGUUGAGCACAGAAUAUGUUCAGUAACGGCAGACUACCUGGCUGGUACAUCACUGGUGAUGCAGGUUAUUCCCGCCUUACUCCCCCCACCUGUUUAAUGACACCAUAUAGAGAGCCUGUCUAGACUAAUGUGCAGGCCAGGAACAGGCUCCUGGCAAAAGUGAGGUGUGUAAUAGAAGUGGGGCCUUUGGGAUGAUGAGGACCAUGUUGAGAUUGAUCUUCUUGAGGGCCCCUGAGUGAAAGGAAAUAAAAUAGAUGUAAGUUUGACAAGGCGACUGUGACCACUACGGAGAGAAUUAUGUUAAUCAGACUGACAUCUUACUGCAUUUAAACUUAUCAGAGGGCCAUUUGACACCACUCUAGGUUACUAAGGAGC